UUUAGUGCUAUUCAGACCUUGGGCAUGUGUGGAUUACCAAUGAAGCAGCAUAUUUCGCCCGUGUGUUGGUGACUGGAUUUAUCAAUAAAUUUUCGUACGAGAGAGAUGACUGCAUAAUUUUCACUCCUCAGUUCUCGUCAUCAAUGGCUGAUGCAGUACUAGCUGAUUAUUCGUGAAUUUGCGUCCGAUUACGUUCACUUUACGUCUAGCGGUGUACUAAUUUUUUUUUUGCAAAUCUACAUAUGUUGUUUACGAACUAGUGAAUGUUUAAUCACAUUCAAUAAUUGGUUUCAAAUUACCGGAGUCCCGACAGACCUCGUAGUGCAAUAAUAGCAUAACGUUAUAAUACCAGAGUACGAUUAUAACAUUAAUUCUCAUUAUUUUAACAAAUCGUCAGGGAGUACACGUAGGUGAAUUUUAAAGGUUUAUUCCUCUACUACUAUCCAGUCACAUCUGCAUUAAUUCAUGUUGCAUCAAUUUUUUAAGAUUUUAUUUUUACUGUUUAUUAUUGUUUAAAUUAGACUACCAUAAAUUAUUGUUCAAUAUAUAACAUAUAAAAUAUAUACAUAUUUGAGUACGCGGCAUUUAGCUCAAUUCUUGAUGUCAUCAUUCUCGAUCAGUUCCGGUCGCCACACGUUGUAUGGUACCAAAGAUAACUUGGUGGACCAAGACUUUAAUUGGCAUUGUCAUAGUAACUUUAACAACUAUCAAAAGAAGUGCAAUAACAUGUCGCAGUGCGACGUUACAGAAGCUGGUGUCCCGCUCAACUCUCCUGCUUUUCUUUCUUGGCGUAAACUUCAAUUAAGUAGAGCUAAGCUCAAGGCGUCUAGCAAAACAUCGGCACUUUUAUCAGGUUUUGCUAUGGUGGCAAUGGUAGAAAUGCAAAUUGAACCCAAUUCUAAAAUACCAAAAGGAAUGCUCAUAGCAUUUGCUGUGUGCACCACUCUAUUAGUUGCUGUUCACAUGUUGGCUCUAAUGAUAAGUACAUGUAUUUUACCAAACAUUGAGGCCAUAUGUAAUCUUCAUUCGGUAAGUCUCGUACAUGAAGCUCCACAUGAACGUCUACAUUGGUACAUAGAAACUGCAUGGGCAUUUUCAACACUUCUUGGUCUUCUGUUGUUCCUAGCAGAAAUUGCCAUAUUAUGUUGGAUCAAAUUUUAUGAUGUAUAUGAAUGUGCUGCAUGGUCUGCUAUUAUUAUUUUGAUCCCUGUUCUAGUGAUAUUUUUAGCAUUUGCUAUACACUUCUACCAAUCUAUGGUAGCCCAUAAAUAUGAAGUGACUGUAAGUGGUAUUAGACAAUUAGAACUUCUAAAAGAACAAAUUGAAGCUGGAGACAUGGAACGCACAAAUGGAUUGUUAUUGAAUGCACCUAGCACACAGAUUGUUUAACAGUACCAUUAAAUGAAUCAAAAUUCUUUAGUAACAAUUCAGUUCUAAAAAUACAAUUUAUAAUAUUAUAAUGGUGCUUUAUUAAACAAAAUUUUUAAAAAUGUUCACAUGAUGAGUUAAUAUAUUUGACUUAUUAUCUUGACUGUUGAUCUAUACAUUUUUUUUUAUAUACUAUUUGCCAUAUAUCUUACCUAUUCUAUAAAUUAAUUUUAUUAUUAUAAAGAUUUAAUGAAUAUAAGCUACUCAUAGUACAUAUUAUAUUUAAUAUUAUUUUUCAUUACCCAGCUCAACAUUUUCCUAGACUAAUUAUAAAUUUUUAAGUUAAAUUGUAAAUAUUUUAUACUGUAAAAUAUUUUAUAUUGUCAAUCUACAAAUUAAACAUUAUUUAGUAAUUAUAUUAUUAUUUAAAACAUAAAAAUCAAGAAUCUUAUAAUCAUAUAUUAUUCACUAAAAGGCUAUCCUUGGGUAUUACUUAUACUAUAUUAUGUUAUUUUUUUUUAGAACUAUUCAGCUUGAAUUAGUAUUUUUAAUUGUAACAUAAUAUAUUAGGUAAAGUAUAUUUUUAGUUUAUAUUUUUAUUCAACUUAUAAUAAUUGUUUUAUAUUAUUAUUGUUAUUAUUAUAA